CUUUAAUCCGUCAAAAUAUCAAUUCUGGACUAUUCAUUUCAACGUCUCCUUCAAACACGUAUGUAUAUAAAUACCUACACCCACCAACACCACAUCUUACCAAGUCCUCAAACAUAGAUCCUUGCAUUUACAUAUAUAUAUAAUAUCUCUAGAAUUUUCAAGAGCAUCAAGAUCCAUCAGUGUAACGGAGAAGAAUGUCGCCGUCAAUGAUAGCUCCGGUGAUGGAAGAAGAGAACAAGAAAUAUCAAAAAGGCGUGAAACAUCUUUGUGACAAUGGUCUGACCAAAGUACCAACUAAAUAUAUAUGGCCUGAACCUGACCGACCUAUCUUUACAAUAUCCGACAAGCUCAUCAAACCAAAACAAAACCUAAAGCUUCCCCUCAUAGAUUUCGCUGAGCUCCUUGGACCUAACCGCCCUCAUGUUCUACGAACCAUAGCCGAGGCCUGCAAAACCUACGGCUUCUUCCAGGUUGUGAAUCAUGGGAUGGAGGGAGAUGUGAGCAAGAACAUGAUAGAAGUGUGUAAGAGAUUCUUCGAGCUGCCGUACGAGGAGAGAUCAAAGUACAUGUCGUCGGACAUGUCGGCUCCAGUACGAUACGGCACGAGUUUCAACCAGAUCAAAGACAAUGUAUUUUGUUGGAGAGACUUCUUGAAACUCUAUGCACAUCCUCUCCCUGAAUAUCUUCCUCAUUGGCCUUCUUCUCCUUCCGACUUCAGGAGUUUGGCGGCUACCUACGCUAAAGAGACGAAAGAGAUGUUCGAGAUGAUGGUCAGAGCCAUCUUAGAAAGUCUUGAAAUUGAUGGCGGCGACGAGGCGGCUGAGGAGUUGGAAGAGGGAAGUCAGGUGGUGGUGGUGAACUGCUAUCCGCCGUGUCCAGAGCCGGAGCUGACGCUAGGGAUGCCACCGCACUCCGACUACGGCUUCUUGACGCUUCUCCUUCAAGACGACGUUGAAGGCCUUCAGAUUCUGUACCGUGACGAGUGGGUCACCGUUGAUCCCAUCCCUGGCUCUUUUGUCGUCAACGUAGGCGAUCAUCUCGAGAUAUUUAGUAACGGGAGGUACAAAAGCGUGCUACAUAGAGUAUUGGUGAAUUCCACAAAGCCUAGGAUAUCAGUGGCGUCGCUGCACAGCUUCCCCUUGACCUCCGUCGUGAAACCAUCACCGAAGCUCGUCGAUGAACAUAAUCCACCUCAAUAUAUGGACACUGAUUUUACCACUUUUCUUCGAUAUGUUUCCUCUCGCGAACCUAAGUGGAAGAAUUUUCUGGAAUCACGCAAAAUCACCAUAUAAAUUAAAUGAAAUUUUCAUUUU